AUGAUAGCAGAAUAUGAUUUAACAGCUCUGGACUCUCCUACAUCAACGUCGUCGGAGAAGAUUUUGGAUUCGGCCGUUUCAAAAUUAGACGGUGUACCGGAAUUUUACACGAUGGGGAGUGACGAAGCGAAUAGUGGAACUGCAGAUGAUAUGUACCAAAACGAGUCCAUGCGUUUAUGCAUCUUGCAGGACUGGAGGGUGAUGUGCAGACUCAUUGGCUGUCAUAGUCGUUUUUCUACGGAUAAAGCACGAUGGUCACAACUAAGUGACACUAAUAAAGAGCGGCUUAGUGUCAACGACGGUGUCCGGACCGACUAUAUCGACAUGGUUCGAUACGUCUCGCUGCCCGGGAACGUAAAUCUCAUCGUGGCCGAGGAGCCCAUGAACCAGUACGUAAGGAGAUUGAAAGCGGACCUUCGACGACUCAACGUCUGUACCACAAGCCAGGUGAAGCUGUACCUGUCCAGGUUAGCCCCACGCGGAGAUCAGGAGUCGGUUGAUGGGGGAUCGAAAUCGGUGGAAUCGAGAUCGGCAGAAUCGAAAUCGGUAGAUGAGAAGUCCGUGGAGGCCGUCGGAACAGACGCUGAAAAGACAGACAGGAUAAGUGAGAGAAUAACUAUUGGACGGGAAAAGGGCCUGCCUGCUUGUGGCCUGCCUGCUUGUGGCCUGCCUGCUUGUGGCCUGCCUGCCAACACUAUGUCGUCGGGUCCAGACCCGACUGUUUUCCGAAUAUCGCCGGCUUCUUCGCAAGAAAAUUUAAUAGACGAGUCUUCUGUCAAAAUGGUCACAGCCGUAGCUACGGCAUCAGUUACGGCCUCAGUUACGGCAUCAGUUACGGCCUCAGUUACGGCCUCAGCUACGGCUUCAGUUACGGCCACAGCAUCAGUCACGGGUUCAGUUACGGGUUCGGUCAUGCCUUCAGGAGCCGCGGCGGCGACGUCAGGGCCGCGUUUGCCAGUGUUUUCGGCGUCUGAUAAGCAUGUGAUAUUUGCUAUCAACUGGUUCUCUCCACAGGGUGUGAAGGAUUGGUUGACGUUGGGUUUGAAGUUGAUAUCGCAGUCUUCAUUAGAUCCACAAUUCCGGGCGUUGGGCCCGCAGUUUCUGCAAAUGGCUGAGGAUUUGUUGUGGGCUCCGACGACAAUUAAGUAUCUGAGUGAUCGUUGCGUAUCGGCAAGUACAUUGCAUUGCAGCCCUAUCAAAUUGAUGACUUGUACGGGCUUCAGCAUGGGCGGUGCCGUGGCACAGGCGUUGUGUUACAUCCUACGUGAGUCCAAGCGCCUCAGUCUACCUAUGAGGGCUGUAGGCAUCGGUAGUCCACGUCCUGGAGGGCCACAGUUCACUAAAUGGUUCAAGGAGAACCUCGAGAUCGGCAGCUGCAACAUUGUACUAACCACCUCCACCUGUACUGAACGGGACCUUGACGAAGCUGUCCAGCUAGAUCCAGCUACAACCUACCCUUCCAUCGAAUAUGGCUAUGACUAUCACCCCAUUUGCGUACUUCUCAACAAACAAACUGGUACCUGUCGGAAACUUAAUAGAAUCUCCACAUACGACGUUAACACAAGCGUGCUAAAAUCUAUAUGGACGUCCAUACCCGGCAUGGACGCGAAUAGAGACCAGCUCUGGCGCGAUCUCCAUAGUGUAACAAAAUACUACGAGGCAUUCGUGCGUGGCUAA